AUGGCCCAGGGAUUUCUUUUUCCCCUCGUGGCGGAUGGAGCAAAACAAAAGCGGUGCAAAGAGAAGAUUGCAAGUAGGCACCAGACAGUUCAACCACCCGGCCUACCGCCAGUGAAGCGUGGAAGCAACGGGGGUGAAGCAGCGGGGGGAGGGAGUUGCAGCCUCGAGGAGAAGGGCCAAGGCGAAGGAAAAUCACAGAUCAGGACAAAUGAGGAGGAGAAGGAGGAGAAGAAGGAGGAGGAGGAGGCUGGGAGGAGGGAAAAAGGGCGCGAAGCUCGACGCGGGGAGCAACAUCCAGGACAGGGCCAUGUGAGGCACCGAAUGGCGGCAUCGGCGGUGACACCUCGCCACCUCACUGCCCGUUCUGCCCGUUCUGCCCGUUCUGCCAGUCCUGCCAGUCCUGCCUGCCAGCUGCACUGCUCGGCAAGCAUGCGGGACGGGUGGGGUGGGGUGGGGUGGUGGGGCCGUUGGGCACCUCUGGCUCUGGCCACUGGUCGGUCUGGCCAAGGUACCAGGAGGGGAGGUACGGAGUACGGAGUAGCCAGCCUCAAGCCCGUCCUGGAGUCCUGGAUCACGCACGAGUGGGGCGAGGCAUUCUGUCCUGCAGCUGCACCUGGAUGCGGCCCAGGAUCACCAUCACCACCACCACCACCACCACCACCACCACCACCACCACCAUCAACAUCGCCAUGCUACGGAUACGGAUUGGCCCGCCGCCCGGGCCAGUUGCCACCAGCCGGCCCCAGGUGGCAUGCUGGCUACAUGUACAGAUCAGCAGCUUUCGGCUCCUUCCAGACUCGGACCAAUGGCUGA